CGUCGAGUCAGGACCUUUCUUUAUAUUUGGCAAAUUAUCGAGCAAAUUAUUAAGCUUAUCUCUGGAGGUGAACUAUAUAGAGUCGAUACUCUUCAGAAAAUUCCUCUAAAAUUCUCUAAUUCUCUACUGGUUCGUUUAGAAGUGGGAAGAUUAUAAUCUUCAACACUUAUAUAGUCACAAGUCCUCCGAGCAAGUCACAACUCGUGCACACUAACCUGCCGCUUUCUGAAGGAAGAGAAGUUGAGAUUUCAACAAAGCGAUGGUCUCUUCGGCUUCCACUGCGCGUUCCUCGAGCCUUUUAGCAACAUCUCCACCUGUAACCAUGAUUAUUCGUGUCUGAAGGACUGGUCUCAAAAUGUCCGAUUUCUUGAAAAGGUUCCUAUAUGUUGUGAAAUCUCGCCACAUCAACUUCUUUUCCAAGAAAUUAUCAGAGAGAUUUACUUUUUUCGCAAGGGAAAAUGUCAGUGGUUUCUUGAGAUACUUCAUGUAAAGUGCUGGUCGCGACGCACCUAGAUCCCAUUCUCCUCUCUACCUCGUCAAAUAACGCCUUGUGAAAAACUGUUUGAAAGAGGAUAUUUGUGCAUAGUGUUGGAAACAUCUUAUCGGUUAUUUUUUACGAGUAUGGCUGAUCUUCUUAAAUUUAUGUCUUUAGUCGGAAAGCUGAAGUCCACCAAACGUACCGGCUGGGUUUACCGUGGCGUCAAAUCGCCUGAAAGCGUUUCAGAUCACAUGUACCGCAUGGCUAUUAUGAGUUUUCUGCCGACUGGACGUGAAGAGGGUACAAACAUCAAUCGCGAUCAUUGCAUUAAACUCGCACUGGUCCACGACAUGGCGGAAUGCAUUGUUGGUGAUAUCACGCCAUUCGAUGGAGUCAGCAAGGAGGAGAAACACAGAAGAGAAAAGCAAGCUAUGGAGAAUUUGUCGAGUUUGGUUGGUGAAGAAGUGGGGAAGGAAUUCCUACAACUUUGGCAGGAAUAUGAAGCCCAAGAGACUGAGGAAGCCAAAUUUGUGAAGGAUUUGGAUCGAUUUGAAAUGAUUCUACAAGCACAUGAAUAUGAAGACAGCGAAGGAAAGCCGGGCUGGCUUCAAGAGUUCUUUGACUUCACCACGGAUAAAUUCCAGCAUCCAAUUGUCAAAGAUUGGGUACAAGAGCUUAAUAAGUUACGGAGUCAGUCAAAAGAAUAAAUCAGCAUAAAUCAGGCUUGUGUUUUCAAUGAGGAGGGAUCAUCAAUGUUAUUACUAAUAAUUUACUCGAUGUCAAAGUUUUGUUAUUUACUGUAAGGCACCAUUGUGUGUGCCUAAUAUGCAUAUAGUGAAAUAGAGAUGAGAUUUUCAUUUGCAUUGCAUUUCUGGUUACAGAAAUAGGGUAUGCGAUUAAUCGUCAAUGGAACUUGGUGAUUUUAUUAGUGUAGACAGUAUUGUUGAUGGUAUAAAACUUUGUUGUUUUGUUUCUUCAUCCUUGAGGAAUUAUUCCAAAGGAGAGUAGACUACGAGUAGUCCCCCUUUCGCUUUAAUAGUCCGUCGUGCGUGACGCGAAAGAAAACUGCGAGCAAAAGAUGGCCGCGCGAAAUCCUGGGGGCGAGGAGCCAUGUCGCGUGGCAUGGACGUAGAAAAGCGUUACGUGACAAUCCAAAUAACCGACGCAAAGAGACUGGCACAGCUGUAUAAAGAAUCAGCAGCGGACGGCAGCCCACUUUUGGUUGGGGGUUAACAGGCUAGGGGCUAAUCUUCUUGGGGGGUUAAAUGACCUGCAUCCCUUGCAUCUGACAGAAAAUAGCACUUCAGCUACAAUCGUGGACAAAAUAAAUGAAAAAUUAAGACCACCCCCCCCCCCCUUCCCAAUUUCACUGAUGGCAAAAAUGGCGCGCUUUGGGUUUAGCGCCCGUUCAUCAUUGAUUCGGGGGGAUGGGUGGUUUUACUUAUUUUAUUCUGUGCAAGAUUGUAGCCUUGAAAAAAAUUACCAUUUGUUUCAACUUUGCCGUCCACGCUAAUUUUCCUUACUCGUAACCAGCCUUGUUUGUUCUUGGUUUAUUACCAGUUCCCGUAGGCCAGGUCGCGCGGUCCGGGGGUUACCUUGCAAUGGCCUAGGAUCCCACCCACGGAGAAACAGAAAUACUCGUAAGCACCAGUCGCCCCAUGCUACAGAAGGUAAGCGCCGUUGGUAUGGACCUCUUGGCCUGAUGCUGGCUUAACGUUCUACCCUUUAUAGCUAAUUUUGUACAACAGAAAAAUGACUCAAAAUAUUAUGGCAUAGCUCUUUAAUACAGUCGUCAACCUAAAAAGCAAAUUUCUUAUCCUAAAUAACUUAAACCACUGCUGUCUAACAUCACAGCAUUAUAUUUCUGUACUGUAUUUCAACACAUUGGAAUACCUCAUUUCUAUAUUUCUCUUGAGACCGAAUAGUUAUCUUUCUGUGUCCUAAAGAUUCAUAAAUAAUGCCUAUUUUCGCCUGCUUUCGUUGAACAUUUUAUUAAGAGCCAAUUUUCACGCAGCACCCCUCAAUCGUAUUUUUAAACAGUUGGAUGAAAACAACGUUGUAUGGCAGCUAAGUAUAUAUGACAAAACAUCGCACAUACAUGUGACUUGUCUACAGGUAGGUCCUUCAGGUGUAUGUCCUUCUAUACAUCUGAGGACAGGAUAACUGUUGACCUGAAGUUACAUGUUAACUAUUCUGAAGAGAAGUUUAAAAACAAAAAAAAAAGAGUCGUUCAAUUGUAUUUCCUUACUGUAAAGAACUGUGGGGAAAAAAAAAAGAUUCUGUCCUCAUCAAGCGUGACCGCACAUGAGUUCGCAGAGAAUUGUGACAGUAGUGAUAGUAUACGGUAGUCUCAAAAUGUUUGCAUUAGAUAUUUGAAUGCACUGCUGCGGUAAUCCUGGUUUUAGCACCCGAUCAAUCAAUUCUUUAACUCUUUAAUGCACUGAGCAGUGACCAGUUCAACUCGUCACCAAUGCUUUCAAACCAGUAAGCCUCCCGCCAGUCUGGAUACACACCAGUCGAUUGGCAAUGCACUCAUAUCCUGUCUUGCAAUCCAUGGAAUGUAUGCGCCUCGCUACUACAGGCAUCCACCCAGUAUUAAAGACACUCAGGGCUUUCACAAGAGCAUUAGCAUCCUGCUUUGGUAACCAGUAACUGCAGUGAAGACACCCAGCCACACACAGUUGCAAUGAUCCAAAGACCACCACGGUACUUUGGUUGUGUCACCAUCCCAUCAAAGGUCAAUGACAGUGCUGUAUGCAGUGGGUGACGAUCUGGCAAAAUUCACUGAAGAUUACUAAUAACGAAAACCAAUAUUACAAGCACUUCCAUGUAGCAGCAAACGCAAAACCUAGUUGUAAUGUUAGCGCCAAAAUAUACUGUGUGCUAAAGCAAAACAUUCCCUGCAUUUAAUUUGAAAAAUGUUCGAGAAGAAUUCAGCUUCUUCUUAAAAUUCAUAUGACAUAAGUAACAAUGAUGAGUGUUUUUUUUUUUCUGGUAACUUCAGAGCAUACAAUAAUUAUUGCUGUAUUUGGUUGUGUGCACAAUUUAGGGCAUUAAGCCCAACCUCGUUGCCAGGAUCUCUUUCCCCCGGUAACAAGGUUGCAUUACGCUUCAAAGGUGAAUUAAAGACUGUCACACAAAGCCUGGCCAAUACAAAGGAGCAGAUGAAAGUUCUUUCUAAAACUGACGCCAAAAAAUAAUUGACAUCCCCACGCGCAUUGAACUAAA